UGUAUAUACAUAUAUAUAUAUAUAUAUAUAUAUAUAUAUAUAUAUAUAAAAUACAUAAUACACACACAUGUACGGAGAGACGAUGUACGCGAAUCGUGCGAAAUUUGUAACGGGACGGGGAUUUUGCUUGGCGGGGGGAACGAUCGAUCGAUCUUUCGCACGAUUCCCUCUUCCCUCGUUCUUCUCUCGCGUCUCGCAUUCGUUCGCGACGCGAAUUCCUUGCGCCUCUUGCCGACACUUCGCCUGCUGCGAUCCAAUAAACACACACGGCGGCGGAGAACGCACGCCGACGUGCUGCUCCCCGCCGCAUUCUCCCGCGGGAGAGAACCUCGCGCGAAGGCACUGUGAAUCUCAGUUAACGUAUGUUGUACAAUGUUGUAGAGAGACGGUGACGGAAACGCGCGGUGAACGCGCGCGCGGCCGUUUCCGUUUUUCCUAGCGUCCGAUAAAAGUCUCGUCUGUGUGUGCGUGUGUGUGUGAGAGAGAGAGAGAGAGAGAGAGCGUGUGCCUGUGUUUGCGUGUGUAUUACAUGCGUGCAUUGGGAAAAAAAAAAAAAAACGAUGAAGUGCUUGAUAAAAACGAUGUUGUAAUCUUGUAGUUUUUAAGUUACGCUAAGUAGGACGACUUGUUGUUUCUGUCCGCGCGUGUGAGUUUAUUGUUGAAGCUACCAAUCUCUAAUUAACGAGUAUAUGCGACGCACCCGCAACGCUCUCCGCCGUUCUCCGUUGAAUUUUUCGUCGUAUUUGGAUAAUAAAGUUGUUUGAAUAAUAAAAUGAUAAGAGAGAGAGGGAGAAACGUCUCACGGCAGUCUCUCCUCCGAGGCUUGCGAGCGAAUCCGUGUUCUCCAGCUGUGAAAUUUCGCUUGGGCGAAAUCCGAACACGCUUCGAUCGAGCUUCUCUUGAUCUUAUUCCCGCAUUUCUUCGGCGUUACGAUUGAAGAGACGGCCGACUCCGCGCGAGGAAUCAAAAGGAGGAGGGCAGGGGAACGAUGGAGGGAUAUAUAUAUAUAUAUAUAUUAAAAUAUAUGCGAUAAUGUUGCUGAUUAGCGUGAUUAACUCUUUUUCGUCUGUGAUGAUAAAUAAAAAAAAAGAAGAAGAAAGAAGAGAUCGCGCGAUUGGUCUCGAGACCGUUUCCGGGAGCGAACCGAGCAUCCCUCACGAGGGUGAGCCCGAGGGUGCUUCUCCCCGGCACUUCUUGGAUUGUAGAUGCGCGCGCGUGUAACUGUUACAUAAAUAUACAUAUAUAUAUUUUAAUAAGAUCAACGUGGUUUCUCUCUGCGGCAAAGCCUCGUAGCCGGCAUUCGCGCAGCGCCAUUCGAUGUGCAACCGGCGUAACGCUGUAUUUAGGGGUACACGCAUAACACACAUGCAUAUAAAUACACACACACACACAUAUAUAUAUAUUUUUAAAACGUGUGCAUAAUGUACAUACAAGCGCGCGCACCGCUCCGGGUCGACACUGCACGUGUUUUGCGAAUUAAGCAAGACGGAAAGAUACGCCGGGGCGUGCCGAUCGUCGCGGGGGUGGGUUAAAAUCCGGGGCUGAAGGGACAUAGAUUAUUACAGAUACAUAUAUAUAGAUAUAUUUUACAAAGGUCAGAAUGCACGCGUUGCGCGCGCGUCACUCUAUGUGCGCGUAACGCGUAUUCGCUGCUGUGUGCCGUUGUUGCAGCAACCCCCCUCGCGCGGGGGGAGAGGGCGGGUACGCUUCGCGCGCGGCGAAAGGAACUUUGAUGUCUAGAGCUUAGGUCGUUUUCGCUCUGCCGGAUGGAUGCAUGCUUCGGGGACGAAUGAAGGGAGGGAGGGAGGGAUACUUGCGAGGUAAGGGACGCUUCUCGCGAGCUUGUGCACGCGAACGCGACGUGCGUGUCGCAGAGACGUAUUUACACGCACACGAGAAAUAGGGGAAAGCUUCUUCUCGAUUGUCGGAAGGGCCUCUCGUUGAUGUUUAUUAUAAUAAAAGAUAACGGAUAAAUAUAUAUAUAUGAUACAAAAAGAGUUCAUAUAUAAUAAUUACAUUACUGCAGCCGCACAUACACGCGCGCGCGCGGGUAACAUGUAUGCGUGUUUAUAUGUAUAUACAUAUGCAUAUCUAUAUUUUUACGUGUAGAUAUUUUUUGGUAACUUGUUACACACACAUCUAAUCCAGAGUAGACCAGUUAAGCGUAUACAUAUAUAUAUAUAUAUGAAGAAAAAAAGAUAUAUAUAUACGUUGUAAAUAAGCAACGGUAGCUGGAAGAGCUUUUGUCACCGCGUGGAAGCUAAUCAAAAUUUUGUUACCCGUGUCUAGACCGGCGUAUCUUACAAUCGUUCUCCGAUCGUUCGCGGGAGAUCUCCGUCGUAGUGUCCGCCGCCGCGGCUCCGCGUGUGCGUGUGCAUUUCUCGAGGACCGUUUUAAUAAUGCAAUCGAUGCGAUAUUUGAUUUCUCCGUUAGCGUGUAAUACGCGUGUUGUACAUACGUCAAUCUCUCUUUAUGAUUACUCGCCCCUCGAGGAAAUCGUCGACAUUAUUACAAUAAAAAAAAAGUGCAAGUUGUAUAUCCGGGCUUUACUUUAUAUACUCUUCUGUAUUUAUAAUAUUUAUUACGUUUUUCAUAUGUUGAUGUAAUAAAGUUUUAGCUAUACUUGACUCCCGGAGAGCCUGCCUGUACGUCCCUCAUCCCUCACGGACAUCGCAAAUUCCUUCUCUGCUGAACAUUGAACGUAUCACGCCGCGGAAAUUGUAAAUUUGAUUUUUGCAGACACCCGAUCGAUACUUUGUACUUCGGCUCGACUUCUCGACUGUCAAAAAAUCUGCUCUCGCCCUCUCCUCUUCACACAAGUAUCCUGCAUCUCGAUCAUUGCGUAAAUCUACAAGUGAAACUACUCCAGCGCCAAAUUCUACAUGUUCUACAGUAACGAUACUUUCAGGAAAUAUAAAGGACAAAAAUAUAACUCCAACUGCAUUUUUCUUCGUAAUUUUUAUCUUGGGUUAGGUAAGUGUACAUUAAAUUUUCAAUAAAUGGUAAACCAAUUCGACAAUUGGAUUCAAAUUAAAUUAGCAUCAGGGUAUCCCUAAUACACGUUUUUUCCAAUUAUUCUAUUUUUACGAAAAUUAUUUCUUUUUUUAAAAAAAAAGACCCUCGUGUACCUAAAUUCUUUCUGACAACGUCUUUCUCUCGAAGAUGCGGGACAAUGUCGCGCGCUAGAUUCGCAAAGGAUCCGAAGAGUACGGAGAACCCGGGGGGUGGCCAGGGCGACGUAGGGCAGCAGCAGACUGCUAACAAAAAGGCGACCAAGAUUCGCCACGAUUUCGGGAAACGCUGGCAUCGCUUCCGCGUCCUGACGCCGCGCGCGUUCAUCCUCCGUGGUUCCCGGGCGAUGACCGAUCUCCGCUUCAAGUACAGAAGCAGAGGACGGCAAGCGGCACCUUGCGCGGUGGUGGCCGUCGUCUAUGGACGUCUUUUCCAGCCGAAGGAGUGGACGUGCGAUUACAUCGAUCAGGUGCUCGAGCACGGCGACAAGCUCUUCCGCGCGAGCGCGACGAGGUGUCGCUUGAGAGACGACGAGUACCUGAAGACUGGUCUCGUGCACAACGAGUUCUACGUGGGUCUCUGUAAGGUCCUCGUCUGCAUCGAGGACAGCGGUAUCCGCGGCAAUCUCUUCGGCGCGUCGAUGGGCUGCUCCGACCUCGCAGAGGGUCUCGAAAGGUUUCUGCGUGAUGACGGUGCUGGAGUGAUCACCGCGCAGGGUACUUCCGUCGCCGUAUGGCGUCCACCUGGCGAUGCCGCUAGCUUUCUGUGUUACGAUCCGGCCGCGUGCGAUGAGACAGGUCUACGUCGGGCUGGUGGUACAGCCUGCCUGAUCAGAUUCAAGUGCGCGAACGACUUGCACGAUCAUCUGCUGAAGAACCUGGAUCGCCGCUACGACUCGCGAUACUGCAUCGACAAAGUCACCGUGCUGCGCGUUACCGAGAUCGGUCGUGACUUCAUCGAUCGCCUGCCCAGUAUCGCCGGUCGGCCGAUGAUCCAGAAGAGCGUGUUGCGAUCCAUCAAUCCGAUAGACAUGGACGAGCACAAGGGGGACUGUACCAAGCCAGUGCCCAAGGACUACAGGCUGCGCGCACCCACGGCAAAGAUACACAAGGAACCGUUGUCCAUCAGCAUCUCGAAUUACAGCAUUGACCGACGUUUCGCCACGGAACCGUUGGUGACUCGAAACGACUUUCAUGAGACCGGCUACUCGUACGAUGAUAUGCGCGUAAACGUGCCUUCCACGUUCGCGGAGCUGCCAGGCAAAGUGGCGGUUCUUCAUGGUCUGACGCACGAAGGCAGCGAGAUGUACAAGGGCAAGGGCGCUCAGAACGUGGCGAACUGCGUAGCGGCGGUUGCCAUGAAAGAGGUGCACCCGGUGAGGACCUGGAAGAGUCCGAAGCUAGACGAGAUCUUGAUGUUGGGCGACUCGCUCUACGCCACCGUCAAGUCCGACAAAGCGACGAUAAAAACAAUGACCGCCGCCGACCUGAACGAUACGAGGGUCCAGAUAGACGACCGUAAAUUGGCGGUGGACGUCGACCUGAUCACUGUGACCGGCACGAUCAGCUCGAAGCUGCCAUCGGUGUUGAACCUGAAGCAGGCGCUGGAAGAAUUCUUCCUGGUGAACGAGACGGGGGUGAUCGAGACAACUACGAUGGCGGCAGCCGUGUGGAGCGAUGAUGAUUACUACCUCUUUGAUCCGCGACCUUGCGACGCCACCGGCGUCAGGGUCAGGGAAGAGAAGGCGGUCAAAGCGGCAGGACGCGCCAGGGAAGCGGAGGCUCCCGCAACGGAGAAAAAGGCGACUGGGAGUUGCUGCGUGAUUCGGUUGCCGGAUGUAAGCUCACUGGCCGCAAUGCUCCUGAAGAACGUCGAUCCGAUGAGGAAGAACGACCGGUUCACCAUCAGGCACGUCUCAGUCGCGGACGAUGUGCCGGGCACGCGAAUGUGGAACGAGUUCCGACCCGGCGUGGCGGGUAAGACGUGGGUGCUGCGCGGCGAGAUCUCCAACGUGAACGAGGCUUUCGAGGAGGAGAACCAGGGGUAUCAAGGUCUUGCCAUGCCGGUAGUGGCCCUGAUCAGCGCGCGGGAGAUACCGCCAGCAAAGUGGACCAGCGAGACCGUCGACGAGGCGGUGCGCGAGGGCGACGCCUACUACAACUGGUGCAAGCCCGCCGAAAGAGAGGAAGAGAAACUCGAGCGGCCGUUUCUCGUCCAAGACCUGAAGAGGAACUUAUACUCGAAGAAUCGGAAGGUGAGCGUCGAUAUCGAGGAGGCGGCAGUCGUCGGAGAUUUGUUGGCGCCAGAUGAUUCGGAGUUGCCCAAUCUGGAGAAAGGGCUGCGGCAAUUUUUCGAGGACAAACAAUACGCGAUAGUCGAGGCGAAGAGACUCCCCGUAGCAGUGUGGAAGGUUGAAGAAGAGCUGAAAAACUAUUAUUACUUCGACCCGAACCCACGGGACCAGCUGGGCCAACUGUCGGCGGAGAGGGACGAAGAGAACUCCGCCUGUGUUGUGCGUACUUCAGACCUCGCAGCACUCGCGGAACUCAUCAGGAAGAAUGCGGGAGACGCUGAGGGUGAGAACGAGUUCGUGAUACACAAUCUGAAGAGCGUCUCCGUCGGCGCGGCUAUGACGAACGAAGAGAUCGAGGCGGACAAACGGAUACCAGUCGUGCCGGAGCUGAACAAUUACUCCAAGUUGGGCGACACCGGUGCCCUGCUCCUGGGCACCAUCGACCAGAGCGAUGAAACGGUUUUUAAGCGGCGGACGAGGGACAAGCAGCAGGCGGCUAAUUCUCUGGCCACCUUAGCCACGACGACGCUCUACAAUCCCCACCUGUGGUAUCGCGAGCUGGUGGAUGAUAUCCUCAAGGUUGGCGACAAGCUCACCGGCGAUAAUUUAAUAAACCUGCCCGAAGCGGAGGCCGAGGAGGAGCCUGCCAGGAACUACCUUAUUCCUUCCGAAAUCGCGGAGGACUUUGUCAUAGGUGUGAACCGCAUGUCUGUCGGCCUCGAGGAGGAAUCCGUCAGCGGGAGAACGACGGACGUGGCAAGGUUGCUGGAGCAGUUCUUCGAGGGAAAUGCGAUGGGGGUGUUUCGCCAGGGUGACACGAUGAUGCCGAUCUGGCGAGAGGGCAAGGUGUUCUUCGUGAUGGAUCCGCGAGGCAGAAACGCGCGGGGCGAACGCACGGACAAGGGUGGAGCCGCGGCGGUAAUGUGGUCCACUGACAUCGCCUCGUUGGCCAACAGCCUGCGAGAGGCUGCGCGAGGCGAUGAUUUUGUCAUCGAUGCUGUCACGGUGGAGAACGCGUACGAGACACGAGUGGCCGAGGCCCGGCGACUCAAGCGGACUACUUCAGGAGACGAUUUGUGGCACAACUUUCCGAAAUUAGCUGAUGGUGUUUGGAGCAUCGAGGGGAAGGUCCCGAUGAUGGACGGAAGAUUCGACGAGGCGAAUCGCGGCAGACAGAGCGCGGCCGUCAGCACGAUGGCCAUCGUCUUUUCCAAGGCCUAUCAACCAAAGUACUGGACACCGUCCGUACUUGACGAGAUUAUUGUCACUGGUGACAAGCUGCACUCGAAGUGCGUCGAGAGACUCGGCACGGGGUCGGCACCACUGGUGAACGAGAUCAUUAGCGAGUUCUUUUUAUCUAACCGGCGCAUCGUUUUGACAAUCAAGGACUGCGUUCAAGCGGGUGGUCUUACGGGACGACCGCCGAAGGUUCAGGAUCUGCAAAGUGGGAUCAACAGCUUCUUCAAGGAGCACGAUGCUGGCGUGCUGAUCGCCGGAGGUCGAAAUCUAGCCGUCUGGAAAGCUGGCAACGCACACUACGCUCUGAUUCCAGACUGGCUCGUCACCGUGGAAGAGACAACAACCGCGGCACCGCGGGUGUUUCGGUUCAGGGACGUCAGUCUCCUCGCGGAAUAUCUGCUGCGUCAUUUAGGACAGGAGGGCGACUACCAAAUCACUGCGAUCGACGUGCUGGACUGGGACAAGCUGCCCCCGUGGAAGCCUGAUCCUAGUCCGGCGAUCCGGCCGGGGAAUCUGCCACCCUUGAACGCCUACAGGAGGUUGCAAGGUGAAGCGCGUGCGAUCUUGCGUGGCGGUUACCAUCAGGGUGAUGAGGUCUUCCCUGAGGAUUUGCGCAAUCGACAAACCGCGGCCAAUUGCGUGGUCGCGCUCGGCAUGUCGGUCGUCAAGAGCCCCGUCACCUGGACCAGGAAGACCAUGGAUGAGAUUCUGGCCAUCGGCAGUGGCGUUCAUCGAGAGACCAGGAAGGCUCGGCCUACCAAAACGAGGCUGAAGCCAAAAGAUAUCAUCCGAGUGUUUCACGUGGGCGUAAACGUUCUGACUGCUGAUGUUGAGCCGAACACCGUGACCGGUUUGGUGGCGAUCGCGCCGCCCGAUCCGGAAGAGGAGAAGAAGAAGAAGAAGAAGGGUCCAGUAGAAAAAAAGAAACCAGGGAUCGACAGGGACAGGAAGAAGGUGGUUCAACGGGAACGCACGCCACCGCCUCCUCCGAUUCUGCUCGAGGAAGGUCUACGAAAAUUCUUCCAGGACAAUCGCGCUGGCAUCCUGGUGACCGAUCGUGGCAUGAUUGGCAUUUGGAAGGACCUGGGCGUCUACUUCAUGUACGACUCCAGAGCUAGGGGUAACCAGGGCCUGCUGGACCCCUACGGUACCGCAUGCGUCAUGUGGUUCGCCUGCAUGGAACCCCUGUACGACGUCAUAUUCGCCAAUAUCGAUCCACGCGAGAAACACGGGACGUUCGAAAUCUGUCGGGUGAUCAUCAAGACCGUCAAGCUGGCGCCCUUGCCCUGCCCGGCUGGUUUCCGCCCUCGCUUUGACCGUAUCGCUUCCUCGAAGAAGAAGGUGCCUACCAUAGCGGACGUGGAGUCGCUGAGCGAAUACUCCGUCGUAGACGAGGAACUGAGCGUUUUAUGCGGCACUUUGCACAUGAAUCAUCGCGCUUUCGCUUUAAUGAACCGGGGCCUGCAGAGCACAGCGAUCGCGGCGGUCGCCAUCGCGGUCGGUCUGCUGCAUGUGCCGUCCACGUGGACGCCUGACCUAGUGGACGCUAUACUCAGACAUGGUGACUCCCUGCACACCGACAGUGCUCGGGCAGCUCGUCCAGGCGCCCGGAAUCUAUCGCCCCGUGAAUUGCUGACCGUGUUUGUCGUGGGCGACUGCAGGGCGACCGUGCACGUGCACAGACACACUGCCGCGGGGCUGUUGCACGCCUACGACCUGGCCGAGGCUCUCGCGACCUUCUUUCGUGCCAAUUGCGCCGGUGUACUGCACACGGCCAACCUGGCUGUGGCCGUGAUGCAGCACUGCGGCAAGUUCUACCUGGUCGACCCGUGCGCACGCGAUCGCCGUGGACGACCGGCUCACGAUGGAGCCGCCUGCGUCAUCAGAUGCGACAGCAUCGCGCGGAUGGCCGCGAUCUUCGUGGCCAACUGCAAUCUUAGGCAACCGAACGUGUAUACAUUGAACGCGGUGAACGUGCUGGACCUGCACUUCUUCUCGGACACGAGAACGGACGUCUGUCCACCCAAGUGCGGACAGUGACGUUUCAAUUCGGCGUUUUUCCUCGCGGAACAGGUUCUCGUGAAAGACUUCAGACUUACCUGGACUUACAGGAUGCAAAGAAAGUGAGGGGGGGAGGGAAUUGAAAAUUCAUACGCGCGGUGGACAACGUUCUCAAAGUGCUAAUUUUAUUUAUAAGUUUCUUUUUUAUGACACAAAUCACUUUUAGCAUCUACAUAAGUAGGAGUACAGGCUAAUACGAGAAUUGAAUUUAAUACAGAUCACUUAUUAGUGUAAAUACAAUGUUCCGUCCUCGCAGUUACACGCUAUCGACCUAGAUACUUAGAAAACACUGUACAACGCAGCUGAGAACUGUCGACUGGUACUUUACAAUAUAGUACAACCACUCCUUUGAAGCGAGACGCGAGCCCUGAAUCCGACUCGUCGGACCCCCGAGUGGAUCCUGGUUUGUGUCACCUCGUCGUCAUCGUCGUCAGGGGGAAGACGGUAUAUCUCCCGCCUGCGGACUCGCGCGAGCGACUCCCGUUACCCUCCUCCUCUCGAGCGGACUUGUAGGCCGUGUCGAGCGAGUUUACCCGCCGAGGAUUUCGUGGCCGGGAAACGCGUCAUCGUCCCUCCCGGAGACGUCGAGGAUCACGACCCUCGCGUCACCAAGGGUGCAGUCCGCUACUGAAUACUUCGCGACGUCGUCUCGUUCCUAACAAAGUGAGAAGGGGAGGCAGACCGACACGAGCGGUACCAUUUUCUCGAGGGAUUACACUGAUUUCAUCCCUAUUGGCUCGAUUGGUCGUGCCCCGCUCGCGUCGCCCUCCUCGUACAGCAAUCAUCAUCGCAUACACGCACGCACACAUUAAAUCAAACAUCGCACGGUCUCGCGAGUCUUGUUUUCUCAUGUUAAUCGGCUACGUCUGUCAGUACAAGAGUGCGAACGAUGUGCUUGCUGGUCCGCCGCCAUCAUCUUCUCUCCCUGCACUCCAUCUUGCACCCCCGCCUCGCGUGAAACGUCGCUGGUCGUCCUUGCCCCGUUACUUAAUCGCUACACGUUUGAACCCCUUGAUCGCGCGCUCCUCGGAUACGAUGGCUGCCCGAUGAUAAAUUCGUUCUCCCACGAUUUAGUAAGAAGACGCGCAGACAUCGUUCGAAGAGAGAUCAAGGUGAUCCUGGGAACGCCAAGAUCUACGCACGCUCGGUGCCGAUUUAUCAGUCCGAUUGAUAACGAGCUUGGCGAAACGAAGAAGGAACGACAAAGGAGGACGAUGGACGAAACGAAGAGUUGGCGAGGGGAGAGGGGCGACCUUCGGCGGGCCUGUAGCUCGACGACUGACAGAACGGGGUUGGACAGGUCGUAACGUAAAACAGGGGGGAAAGGGGGAACGAUAUGUAUCAUCGGUAAUAUUGGCAUGAUGGAUCGUUAUAUGGCACGUUUAGCUUGCGUUCAGCUGACGCUCAGCGGACGCGGGUUUUCGCAGCGGUCCUCGCUGCACGGACACCGUGUGUGAUUCAG